GGUUUGGAGUCUCCUACUGAAUCACUAACUAAGAAACAACAGUUUUCCACCAUUCUACAGUCUGCUUCCAGCUCAUCCCAGCCCUUAUACCGCUUGAAUAAAGACGGCAUUGAUAAAGAAAUUCGCAAAUAGUGUCAAAAAAUGCAAGUGAUGGAGGGUAGCAUAGACAAAAUCAGUUUAAUCGCACAAAGAGACUAUGAACGAAAAUUAGGUUUACAAAAACAAAAAGAAACUAAAGACAGCUUAUCUGCAGGUAACGAAAAAUUGGCAUUUUUUAACGAAACCUUCACUAAUAAGCGUCAACACAUUGAAAAUUCCCUCACUCAAUCAAGUAAUUUAGACAAAACAGCGCUCCCCCAACAUUUCGAUACAAUUUCCAAGGAAAUCCUACUUUUGCAAAAAUACGUCGCCAAUUCUAACAUAUUUCUACGUUCUUAUGACAUCAAAAAGUGUCAUGAGAGUUUGCAAGAACUCACCAACAAACUAAAAGAACUGGAAGACACUCUUCUACCUAAAAAGAAGUUUGGGUUUAAAAAUAAACCAAACCCCAAACCCCCACAGCAAAAACCAGAAAARGACGAAGUGGACUUUCAAACUAAAACAAUAACAAAGGAAUUGUGCGGCUUUUUUAAUAAAACUGGAGAGACUUUAAUUAUGAAAGGGGAUGAGAUUUUCAAGAAAGAUGUAACAGUGGAGAAAUUAGAAAAUUGUGUUGUCAAAUUUCCCGGCUCGCCAUCCACUCUACACCUCAACCAAAUGAAAAACUGUCACGUCUUUACCGGCCCUGUGUCAACUUCAAUUUUUGCAGAAAACUGCACAAACUGCACUUUAGUUAUAGCUUGCCAGCAACUGAGAUUGCAUGCUUCUUGUAAUGUUAAUAUUUAUCUCCAUGUAACAAGUAGAGCAAUUAUGGAAGAUUGUCACGAUAUAUUUUUAGCACCGUACAACUGGAAUUAUGAUAACAUCGAGUCUGAUUUUAAAGAGUCGGGGUUUGAUAAAAACACAAACAAUUGGAAAUGUGUUGAUGAUUUUAACUGGCUAUAUGUCGAACGACAAUCUCCAAAUUGGUCGCUAAUGAAUGAAGAAAAACGUGUGAAAAAUUGGAAUUUAUAACACUAGUAAUAAAAAUUUGUAGUUUA